AUGGCCAGACUCGAGAGAAGCUUCUCCCUCCCCACACGGUCUGCGGCUCGCAUCGAGCCGAGCUCGUGCUUUCGAAGACUCCAUGUCCCCCACCUUGCCGCCACCUCCGGGCUUCCUAAUGCCCCCUCCAAACUCCCGAGUGCCCCUAGUGACCCUUUAACGCCCCCUAAUGUUCCUUCUGAGUCCCCUAGUGUUUUUUCCGAAUUCCCUAGCGUACCCUCUGAGCUUCCCAGUGUUUCCUUGUCAUUCCCUAGUGUUUCCUCGUCGUUUCCUAGUCCCUCCGAGUUUCUUAGUGCUCCCUCCUCGUUUCCUGCCCCUAGUGUUUCCUCGUCAUCCUCUAGUGUUUCCAUAGUUCUCUCGUUGCCCCCUAGUGAUUCCUCCGAGUCACCUCUCCCCAGUGGUCUCAGUGUUCCCUCUGAGUCUCCCCCUAGUGUUCCCAGUGCCUCCCCAGAAUUUCUUAGUGCCUCCAGUUGUCCCUUGUCAUCCCCUAGUGUUUCCUCUGAGUUUCUUAGUGUUUCCUCCUCUGGGUUCCCCAGUGCCUUUUCCGAGUUUCCUAGUGUUCCCAGUGUUUCCUCGUCGCCCUCUAGAGUUUCCUUGUCGCCCUCUAGUGUUUCCUUGUUGCCCUCUAGUGUUUCCUUGUCGCCCCCUAGUUACCUUUUGUCGCCCCCUAGUUCACCCUGUCGCUACCUGUGAUGAGCCCUGAUUUCCGCUCAGCAGUGCUGCCAGGGAUUUAGGACUAUUUUCUGUUGGAUCA